ACCAUGCCUCGGGCCCAUAUCCACUAUUCCUAUUCCUACUAGGAAUAGGCUCUCGGUUACGUUUCCUGAUCUUCCGAGGAUUACUCCCGUCACCGAUCUCCCACAUGCGUUCCGGUAAUCAACUGCUUUUCCUACUCCUGCGAGGACUAGUAUUUGCGCCUUGUCUAUUCCUACGAGGAUUAGGCAUGCCGCCUUGUUCCUACAUUGUUCCUCGCGCGUUUCGCCGUGCGCCCCGCAGUCGUCGUCCGGCACUCCUACGCCUACGCGGUCUAGGCCAUCGCCCGUAUCACCCAGCGCGUCGCUGCCCAUCGUCCGCACGUCCCUGCCACAUCCGUGCAUACUGCGCACGCCCAGCGUGGUCCGCUUAUCGCCCAGCGCGCCCAAUGCCCGCGCAUCGCCCAUCGCUCGAUGCGCGCCCAUCGUCCUGUUCCGUCCACCCGCGCGCAUCAUGGGCCGAUGCGCGCCAUUCGCCCAUGAGCCGAUCGCCGUCGCCCUUCUCGUCGGCGAUCGCCACUGUUGGUUCAGGCCAUGGAUCCCAACCUUUCAACCUCUCACAAUCCUCGGCCGGUAUCCACCAUCCUUUGUCAACCCAUCGCAAUCCACGCCGUCUAGCCUCUUUCUUUCGCGCUCGUCUCUUCCUUGUACAAGGCUUACACCAACAACAUGAUUCCUUAGUCUUCGCCUUGCGUUUCCUUUGUGCUCGUUUGGUCUUGCGCUUCUUGAUCUUCAACUUAGCCCGUGGCCCACAUCCUCUCGGCCAGUCCCUCUUGCAUGAUGGUCGAUAUAUCGGACUAGAUGGCUCCUCCAACAUGUUUUCCAACCAAAUAUCGAGACCAUCGUCACCCUCCUCAUCGGACUCGCCGGGGUUGAUGAUCACUUCCUUAUCAUUCCCCUCCUCUUCAAGACUUUCCUUGUCCUCAAGGAUUAGAAACUGUAUGUAUGAGAGAAGACAUCCCUCUCCCCUCAUCUUUUUUUUUUCAGCCGCCUCCUCUCUUCCCUCCCUCACUCUCUCCCUCGCCGAUCUCUCUCGCUCUCUCUCCCUCCCUCAGCCUGUCCGUUCAUCGCGAGCCCUUCCCCUGCCGUCGCCCGUCCCGCAGGCCAGCCCCGAUCGCACGACCAGGCCAUUGGAGCACCCCCAGGCCUCAGUUCACGCCUCCCCGUCGUCACCCGUUGCCCAGCAGACGCGCACGAGACGCCCCGGCAUCCCGCCAGCGCCCGCAAGCCCGUCUCCCCGCACGUCCGCGAUCUCCCUCGGCGCUUCGAUCCCUCUCUCAUGCGAUUUAUCCCGAGAAUGGUACAAGGCUGAUACUUUUCAGUAUUUUAGUAUAUAUAUGCUAUAUGAUGAUACCUUAGGAGCCAGCGUCUUCUCAAAGAUUGAUUUGCGAUCCGGUUAUCAUCAGCUAAAGAUCCGAGAGUCGGAUAUUUCCAAGACUGCUUUCCGUACUCACUAUGGCUACUAUGAGUUUGUAGUCAUGCCCUUCGGACUCAGUAAUGCCCCGGCCAUCUUCAUGGACCUUAUGAAUAGAGUCUUCCAUCCUUUUCUAGACCAGUUCGUCAUUGUGUUCAUCGACGACAUUCUGGUUUAUUCCCGAGAUGUCGAUCAGCACAAGGAGCAUUUGAGGAAUUUGCUAGAGACUCUUCGCCGCGAGAAGUUGUAUGCAAAGUUCUCGAAGUGCGAAUUCUGGCUGCAGCGUGUGGCAUUCCUUGGCCACAUUGUGACAGCUCGAGGCAUUGAGGUGGAUCCCAGCAAGAUCGAGGCAGUGAGCAAGUGGGAUACGCCAAGAAGUGCCGCGGAUGUUCGUAUUUUCCUGGGGUUAGCAGGAUACUACAGGAGGUUCAUCGAGGGCUUCUCGAAGAUAGCCCAGCCGCUGACCAACCUUACGAAGAAUGCCGUGAGGUUUGAUUGGAGUGCUCAGUGCGAGGAGAGUUUCCAGGAGUUGAAGAGGAGACUCACUACCGCACCGGUUAUAGCCAUACCCGACCCUACUUUGGAGUUCACCGUCUAUAGUGAUGCUUCGAAGAUGGGUUUGGGGUGCGUCCUUAUGCAGCAAGGGAAAUUCGUAGCCUAUGCUUCGAGGCAGCUGAAGCCUCACGAGCAGAACUAUCCCACUCAUGAUCUUGAGUUGACCGUUGUUGUCCACGCAUUGAAGAUUUGGAGGCAUUAUCUCUAUGGAGUCAAGUGCGAGAUCUUUACCGACCACAAAAGCUUAAAGUACAUUUUCACUCAGAAGGAGCUGAACAUGAGGCAGCGUAGGUGGUUGGAGCUGGUCAAGGACUACGACUGCACCAUUAGCUACCACCCUGGGAAAGCUAAUGUAGUGGCCGACGCCCUUAGUCGGAGGAGCCAUGGCCAGUUGUCUUGCGUGUUCACCAAGCAGGAUGUUCUUCUUUGGGAGUUCGAGCGAUUGCAGUUGGAGGCA